CCCCCUUCCCUGCAGACCCAGUUCUCUCAGCAUGCCAAAAGGGAAGCUUGUGUCACUUAGGAGUUCUCUCUAACCCUAAGUCCCAUCGUAUCAAUAGAUUUAUGGAAACUCGUUUGUGUCCGAAUGCUAUGAGAUGUCAUUAAAAUUCUGAGAAAAACUGAAAGUGAAAUGAGGAAGGCUGGUUGAGCAAUCAGCUGGAAGUGCGAAUGCCAGGAAGACCUAUUGCACGUAGAGGCAGAGAUGCAGCCGUGCGGGGAGAAAAAAAUUCAGGAGAAUUCUCCUGAGGGCACGCGCCAAGCUGGCCGCUGUAGUCAACGUAGGACAUCAACAAACACAGAUAACAGGAAAUGACCCAUUCCCCGUGGUCACUCAUUCUGAAGACCCAAACCUUCAAAGCCCAAGGAGUGAAAUGAAUGACUCCACAGAAGGGAAGCAGGCACGCCUCUCUCCUGGUCUUAAGAGAAGAGAAGAAAUGAAACUGAAGGAGUAUGUCCCCAUCCUCCCCCAGAAGGAAAGCCCCUCCGCCCGGUUCUCUGGAGAUGGCUUGCUGCUGGCCUUGACCUUGCUGCUGGCCCUGGUGUCCUGCUGCCUCACGGUGGUGUCCUUCUGCAGAGUGGCUGCCCUGCAAGUGGAGCUGAAGAGCCUCCGGGAGGAACUGCUGGAGCACCGAGCUGAACAGCUGCCAGGCCCUCCCCGGGCGGGAGCAGCGGCCCCCAGGCCAGCUGUGCAGGAAGCUCCAGCUGCCACCUCGGCCCUGAAAGAGAUCUUAGCACCACCAGCUGCACAAGAAAGCAACUUCAGUCGGAGCAUCAGGAAGAGGCGUGCUGUUCAGGGUCCAGAGGAAACAGUCAUUCAAGACUGCUUGCAACUGAUUGCAGACAGUGACAUGCCUACUAUACGAAAAGGAGAUUACACAUUUGUUCCCUGGCUUCUCAGCUUCAAAAGAGGAAGAGCCCUAGAAGAAAGAGAAAAUAAAAUAUUAGUUAAAGAAACCGGUUACUUUUUUAUAUAUGGCCAGGUUUUAUACACCGAUAGCACGUUUGCCAUGGGACACCUAAUACAGAGGAAAAAAGUCCAUGUCUUUGGGGAUGAAUUGAGCCUGGUGACUUUGUUCAGAUGUAUUCAAAACAUGCCUGAAACACUACCCAAUAAUUCCUGUUAUUCAGCUGGCAUUGCAAAGCUGGAAGAAGGAGAUGAACUUCUACUUGCAAUACCACGUGGAGAUGCUAAAAUAUCACAGGAUGGAGAUGGCACUUUUUUUGGUGCAUUGAAACUUCUGUGACCUACUUAUACCUUGUCUGUGGCUAAUUUCCUCCUUCUCUAUCUAUCUCUAAGGAGAAAGCACUUAACUGGAAAUACCAAAA